GAAAAAUGGAAGGUAAUUCAACAACAAAUGGGUAUGAACCUUGUACGUGUACUGCAGCAGCAGAUGUGUUAAUUUUGAGAAAGGAACUGGAUUAUUAUCGUUCCAUGUAUGAACGUGAACGAGAACAAUUUAAAGAAUUCCAGCAAUACAGCAAAGAAUUGGAAAAUGAAAUGGAUAUUGAAUUGAAGCAGAGAGAUUCGAAAAUGAACGAACUUGAAGGGGCUAGAAGAAGGCUAAAUUCUGAACUUGGGGAUUUGAAGACCAGAAUUCAGCAACAACUUCAAGACCAUCUCAAAUCAGAAGAACACUUUAAGAGUCGAAUUACGAGUGCCGAACAGCAGUGUGUUGAAUUACGUCAAAAACUGCGGGCUGUGGAACAGACGAAUGAUGAUUUGGAGCGGCGUGAAAGAAUUCAUGCCCAACAACUCGUCGACUUGGGGGACCGUUAUGAAAAAUGUUUGGAACGCUGUGCAAUGUUUGAAGUUGGAAUGGCUACAGAAUCGGAUAAAAUGGUGAUGGAUGAGACUGAGACGAACACUUUAACAGCUCCAACAGCUUCAGCAUGUGAAAAUGGGCAGAUGGAUAGAAAUGAAAGUCAACGACUUAUAGAGAAUAUGUUGGUUAAAAUUGAGGCGAUCGAAUCUGCAAUUCUUUCAAGUAGCGCUGGUAGUACAAGCUCUCCAACCGUUAAUGGAUGUUAUCAAGCUAGUGGAGGCUUUCAGCAACACAAUGGACGUUUAAAUAAUGAUUUGGGUAGUAAACAUUGA